GAUUGUUGUUGGACAGAUCCAAGAGUUUGAGGUUUUUCAGCCCUCUCAUAUCUACCAUGGUUCCUUUAAAAUAGUUACCAUUCAAAUCUAGAUAUUCCAUGGCGAGACAGCUUCCCAGGGAUGGUGGUACAUGACCAGUUAAUAGGCUGUGUGAAACAUUUAGUCCAGUAAGCCUGACCAAUUUUCCUACAUCACUUGGGAAAUUUCCAGUCAGAUUAUUAUUUGAAAGAUCCAAGGUAAGAAGAGAGGGAAGUUCCAUGAGUUCUUGAGGUAUGGAGCCAGACAGCAUAUUGAAAGAAAGAGCAAGGUUAGUAAGGUAACUGCAGUUUCCAAGACUGGAAGGGAUGCCUCCUUUGAAACUGUUUUGAUACAAAUAGAGUUGUGAUAUCAUACUGAGGUUCCCCAAGGAAGAUGGUAUGUCUCCUGACAUCAUGUUGGACUGUAAGUAGAGACUUUCUAACCUAGAAAGCUUCCCAAGGGAGGCGGGAAUUUCACCAGUCAAGAAGUUAUCUUCGACGUUGAACGACAUGAGGCGUUCGAGGUUUCCAAUGUCAAGAGGAAUGCGCCCAGAAAGGAGGUUUCCUCCAAGGGAGACAUGACUCAAUUGCGUGGAGAGAUUGGAUAUGGAAAGAGGCAAGAUGCCCCCAAGUCUGUUGUAGCCAACACCAAGAUUCCGCAGUUGAGUGCAAUUGUUCAAACUGCUAAGAAAAUCAAUAUCUUUGGUGGUGUAACUUCCCAAAUAAUUACCACUGAGGACAAGCCAUUCCAGGUUAUAUAAUUUUCCAAAACCCAUAGGGAUGCUUCCGGCCAUGUAACACAUCCCAAUAUGCAAUUUCCUGAGGGAUGAUAUAUUGGCCAGUGAAGAUGGAAUCUCCCCUUCAAAAUUGUUCCCUCCCAAAAAUAACACUUGAAUGUCAGGAAAAAUCAUGUCGAAAUCAUGCAUGAGUUUACCAGAGAAAUUGUUUAGAGGGAUGGAUAAAAACACAAGGGACGACAUGUUACGUAUAGGAUGAGGAAAGACGCCCGAAAAGUUGUUUGCUGCUAUUCGGAGAAACUUCAUACGUGUCAGUCUAGACAUGCUGUACGGGAUAUGUCCUUCCAUGUGGUUAUACUCGACAUCAAGCUUCUCUAGUGAUGUUACAUUCCCGAGAGACGCUGGUAACUUCCCUGUCAGGUUGUUUGCACGGAGAGACAGAAGGAUAAGAGAAGAAAGUGAGCCUAGUUCAGAAGGAACUUCAUUCUCAAGAUUGUUGGAGGAGAGAUCGAUGGUCCGUAGGGUAGAAACAGUUGGAUAUGCCUAGCGGAAUCCCGCCUCCAAGAACGUUAUUGCUCAGGUUCAAGUGUCGGAGCCUAAACAGUUUCUCUACCUCACGAGGGAUACCACCACUGAAAUAGUUGUUUGAGAGGGUAAGAGAUGCGAGGAAAGAGAGGUUACCGAUAGAGGGCGAGAUAACACCGACUAGUUUCAUCUCGCUAAGGUCCAAACCAGUGACUCUCUUGUGUUUCGGGCUACAUGUAAGUCCAGUCCAGUUGCAUAAAGCAAAGGAGUCAUUCCAUGAAGCCAGUACAACCCGGCUGUUGUAUGGUAGAUGUGAUCGGACUUCCACCAGUGCUUGUUUGUCCGUCUGAUCAUUAUUGUUGAAUUUUGAGGCCUGACAUGAGAUCACAAGAGCAAGUAAAUGAAAUAGCAUAAGGCUCAUACUAGGACGAUACAUUUUGAAAACAACUGUUUUUUUCUGUUGUGUUGGAAACACAGGCUCUAUCUUUGUUUUGUAUGAAAAUGAAGACAACUACUUCUGUAUUCUCUUCACACCUUGCGAGGGAAGAAAUUAUUCCAAAAGAAC